UCAAUAUUUUGCAAAAUCUUCCAAUAUUUCUUGUAAAUUGUAAUAAGUACUUAUUUGAGUAAGUAAAAUGAUUUACAUUGAAAUUCGUAAUUAAGUAUAUCAAGGAAGUUAGAAGUUUGUUUAGCUGACUGAAGAAUUGCUCCUGAAUCCGCACUGCAUUUUUCAUAUCGAUCGUUGUUAUUUACGGACUACCGUCAAAGCCUCCAAGAUGCCAGCUGCAAGUUUCAGUACUUUGACUAUGAAUUCUAUUAAAGAGGAAUGUUCUAUCAAAAAUGUAUGGAAUCACAACCUUCAUGAAGAAUUUCAUGUAAUUAGGCAGAUUGUGCAAAAGUAUCACUGGGUGGCCAUGGACACAGAAUUCCCAGGAGUUGUUGCCAGGCCCAUUGGAGAGUUUAGAUCCACAGCAGAUUACCAGUACCAGCUACUCAGAUGUAAUGUGGAUCUGUUGAGGAUAAUACAAUUAGGCUUAACAUUCAUGGAUGAGAAUGGCAAAACACCACCCGGAUGUACUACUUGGCAAUUUAACUUCAAAUUUAAUUUACAAGAGGACAUGUAUGCACAAGACUCGAUUGAUUUACUACAAAAUUCAGGUCUUCAAUUUAGAGAACAUGAAGAACAUGGAAUAGAGCCAUUAGAAUUUGCAGAACUUCUUAUGUCUUCUGGCAUUGUUCUAAUGGAUAAUAUCAAUUGGCUAAGUUUCCACUCUGGAUAUGAUUUUGGUUAUUUAUUAAAGCUGCUCACUGAUCAGAACUUGCCUCAAGAAGAAAAUGACUUCUUUGAAAGUCUAAGAUUAUACUUCCCCACUGUAUAUGAUGUAAAAUACUUAAUGAAGUUAUGCAAAAACCUUAAGGGUGGAUUGCAGGAGGUGGCAGACCAACUAGAAUUGAGAAGAGUGGGGCCACAACAUCAAGCAGGAUCGGACUCUCACCUCACUGGCAUGGCAUUUUUUAAAAUCAAGGAGAUAUUCUUUGAUGGUAAUAUUGAAAGUACUAGUGGGCACCUGUAUGGUUUGGGGACUCCUUUUGCAACAAAUGUAAAUAACUUCCAGGACAAUGGUGAUAAUAGCAACUCAUCCUGAUCAGAUCAGAUACUCAUUACUACAUUCACAUUACAGCGUAAUGUGUUGCUCAAUCAAAGUGUGAGCCUUCAAUUGUGAUAAUAUAUUGUUAUAUUAUGUUUUACUAGUCUAGAAAGUUAAUGGUAUCAGCAUUUUUACUGAUAUUUGUUACCAAAACUCUUCAAUCAAUAUGAAGUUAAAACUAUAAGAAUAAAGAACAUCAAGCUCUCAUAACUUCUUAAGUAUUGAUUGUUUUAUGAUAGUAAUAAUGUCAUGCAUGCUAGCAAUGCUAUAAAAAUGAUGUCUAUGUUAUAAUAAGAAAUUUAAAACAUUAAGAUUAAAAAAUAUAAAGCUCAAUAUGAAGACUGUA